AUGCGGGAACCCAACCUCACUGAUCAGGAACGUCGGGCAGUCGUUCAGGACAUCCUGCUUGCAUUUAGGGACGGCAAGGUGCCACAUGGAACGUAUGCGAGGCUAGCACGCAAAAACGAGUGCCACAGACACACGGUUGAGCGAAUUUGGGCGCGCUACUGCGGAAAUGUAGCGGACGGUGUUGCUGACGGAGCCCCCGAGAGCAGGAUCAAGCAGAAGCCUGGCCGUAAACCGUAUGAUCGAGCAGAGCUGGCAGCAAAAAUUGGUGCGGUUCCCGUGGCUGACCGCCAGCGAAUCGAACGUACUGCUGCUGCCGUCGGCGUCUCGACAGGGCUACUACAUCUGCUACUCAAAGAAGGCCACAUGACACGUCGUACGACUGUAUAA